ACAAUACUACUUGUUAACACGAGUUGAUGUAAACUAGAGAUUAAGCUCGCUUGGCUGAACAUUCAACGGAAUGAAGGAGCUCUAGUAAUUUGGAUUUUAUGUGUGAAUACUUUAAAAGAAAUGGUUACAUUCCGAUUUCUAAACGUUUUACUGUUAUCAUCAUGUGGAUUUAGCCAGACAUAUGAUGAACUUAAAGCACGGUUACCAGAAAGACCAGAAUUUAAUGGCGCCAUGGGGAAAUAUCUAAAUCAUCCAGGAUUAUAUUAUGAACCAAACGUGGAAUCAGAUAGAAGACUCAUUAGAUUCAAUACAGGUAGAAGUUCAACACCGUACGAGAUCUAUACAAAACGACUUGAUUCUUUUCUAGCAGGCUAUUUCGGUGAGAAUCAAGAAAACCAAACGAACUGUGAUAAUAUAAGAGGGUAUCGCAAUGUUUCAGAUUUGCAUAGUAAUUGCAGGUUUGAUAUCACAGAACUUGGACAGGAUUGUGUAAAACAACUAGAUUAUGGCUAUAAAUAUGGUGAACCUUGUAUUGCGUUACAUUUAGAGCGUAUUCUGAACUGGUUGCCUGAACCCUAUACUAUUGAUACGGUUCCUGUGAAAAUACGGGACCUCUGGACAGAAUACGCUGUUACCGUUCAUUGUGAAGGGGAGGAUCCUGUCACUAAAGACAAUCUUGGUUCAAUAGUUCUCUACCCAUCGGAUGGAUUUAAUUUUAGAUAUUUUCCUAAAACUGGAUUAGACGACUGGCAGAGUCCACUGGUAUUUGUACGAUUAGUCAGGCCAAAUCCUGCUAUUGCUUUAAGAGUCACAUGCUCAGCUUAUGCUAAGAAUAUAAAACACGAUGACAUGUUUCAAACUGAAAAUGUAUCUUUCGAUGUCAUGAUCAAUUAAAUAUGACAUCAUUCAAGAUGAGACAAUAAUAAAAUAUAAGUUUGUCUUUUGUCACGAGUCCAUAAUGUGUUUCGGGAAUAACGUUCUUAAUUGCUGAUAUUUCUUUUCUCUAAUAUUCUUACAUACUAGAAUGUUACUUACUGCAAAUUCCAGUCGUUUACAUUAAAAUCAUAUUUCAUUCAGCAUAGAAGAAGAAGAAGAAUCUUUAUUUUGCAAAUUAACUCUCAAAAGAGUCAUGUACAAGCAUUCAUAAUAUAUACAAUAACAUGUAUGCAUAAGUAAAUAACUAAUUACAUAGCAAGAUGACGUGACUGCAAGUAUUUCUUUUCUUUCAUUAUUAUAAUGGUUACCAUUGAUUAUAUAUUUUAUUUACAAGUUAUUUACUUUUUGAGAGAUUCUACAUUCAGAUAUAUAAUAAUAAGAAAUACUUCGUGUAUGUAUUAGGCUUGCAAUCACGGGAGAGACAUUGUCAGCAUCUAUUACAUAGUAUACUUUUAAUUCUCUUCCAUACACUGGUCUUUGUAUUACAUUUACUAAUCUAAGCUAUAUUGUUUUGAUUUAUUGCAAUAGUAAUAUGGCACAAAAUAUUGAAAUUGUACAAACAAAACAAAACAAAUGUUACUUCUAAACUAUACUUUGAACACAUAUAAUGCUUCAAACUUGAUACAAGUAAGACCAGUGUAUGAUUUGAAACUUACAAAUUUAUAGCCUUUAUAAUCAUCGUGUUACUUAUGUUGUGCGGUCGAAAAAUGAUAAAAUUCUUUUACAAAUAAAUUAAUAAAUAUGCAUGAUGAUUUUUUUUAAACACAAAUAUUUAUAAAUAUAAUCAUUUUCUAAAAGGUCAAAUUUUCAGAACAAUGUGUGAAAUUUCAAAUAUGUCAAGUUACAAAUAUUAUAUGUUUUAAUAACAGAUGUCAAAUUAAUAAUUAUGUAACCGGAAUAUUAAAUAUGGCUUUUCCUCUUUGUCCAAUCAAUUGUGCUAAAAGUUUUAUUAUAUUUAGGUGAUAAAGUCAAUUAAGCUGUCUGUACAAACCUUAUGACUGAUAAAAUGUGCAGGUGAUGAUUGUUCUUAUAAAUUCUAUGUUGCUAUGUUACCUUAUUAUGUAUUGAAACCUGAUUGGUCAUUUUGUUAUUUAAGACACAAAAAUGUUAAAAUACUAUUGGUCAGUUUAAAACGAAAUCCUAUUUAGAAAUAUUGUAAAGAUACAUGUAGAAAAAUUUAGACAGUUAGAUUUUGGAUUUCCAAGUGAUAACGUUGUGGCUCUCCACUAGAAAUAUUUGUUACUGCUUUUUAAUAUUUACAUUGUAUUUGUUAACGUCAGGAUAACCUGUGCAAAUUCAAUAUAUUAUUUGUGGUAUUCCACUGAGAAAGAAACAAUAAAUGAUUAAACGGAACAUUGUGUUGUGAUACAAUCCACCUUCAGUAGAACCUAUAAUUCAGCGCAUAAUACUUAACCUAUUAUACAUAUAAUACACAAAGAAUUGCAAUGUAUCAAUGAUACAUCUAUAUACAAUUACAUGACAGCUAAUAUUCGUACGUUACAUACAUAGAAGUACAAUACAAUGUGUCAAUUAACUUUUAUGUACGUUUGCAUGGGACUAGAUAUUCGGUUCGCAUAAAACAUAUAUAAAGAACUUUAAAUUAAACAUUUUUGUACCUUUACACGAGAAUUGUUUGUAACUGUUGUCUAAUAUGGAAGGCAUGGUAUAUAAACAUAGCUAAAUUUCUAAUAUCAUGUACAUUACAGCAUAUAAACUCCCUUUAAGUGUAUCAAGCUGUAUAUCUGAUGCAAAUUAAAUAGUGUUUCAAUUAAAAAAAAGUAUACUUCCAAAAUGAUUGUAUGAAAUAAAACUGGUAACUUAUUGCCUUAAAAGUGCAUGCACAAAUCAUUGCUAAACGGAUAAAACCCUACUUAAAAUUAAAAUAAAAAAUGUUCCGGAACAUUUUAUUCUGUUAAUGUACAUUAUUCAUGUGUAUUAAACAACAGAAACAUUCUUUGUUACAACUUUUCGGGAAUCAACCAUAUUAUAAUGGAAAGAAUAUAAUUUUACUGUUGAUAAAUCGUAUUAGAAUAUUUCAUAAGAUAUAGUUGUAUACCGUUUAAUGGUCACUGUAAAUGAAUGUUAUAAAUUGAAAAAUAGAAAUAAUAUUAAUAAUAAAAGUAAUAUUCUCAUUUUGUUAUUCUUAUUUUUUUUC